CCACUUGUAUUGACUUACCUGUCGUUUACGUGGUUGGCUGCUUGCUUCUGUUAUUUACUGAUCCAUCAUCACAACCAUGUUAAUUCUGCCAUUGGGAUUGGCAAUUCUAACAAUAACCACGCCUGCCCUAGGAAGAAUCUUUUGGAUAGACCAAAACCAUCUAGGGAAAGAGGAACAGUGCAAAGAAUUGCUAGUAGAACAUUUUCUCACCCUUGGAAGAUCCCAGUUCGAUCCCGAAGUGGUUCGAGAUUGUAUCUCUUUCCUCAGGAGUAAAGAUUUAGAAAACGAUGGUAUUUCACCCCAGGAGUUUUCAAUCAUCGGUAAACGUAUAGAUAACAAGAUGUUUGAUCAAAUUAAACUCGCCUCUGAAUCCAGUGGAAAGUUUGAAAAGUCCGAAGCUUUAGAUAGUGAAAUUAAAAACAAUUCAAAGGAAACUGAAAUUUCAGAAUCAAAGACUUCUGAAACUUUGCCAAAGGAUUCCGAAUCAGAACCUACAAACGAAGUAGUCAACCUACACUCAGAAAAUGUGAAGAAUUCAAAGGGAGCUGAAAGCACAGAAUCAAAUCCAUCUGAAACUUUGCCAAAGGAAGAUUCUCAGGUAGAACUUCCCGAUGAUGAUCUAGUCGACAUAUACCCGGAGAACAUAAUUCCUGAAUGGCCUGCUGUGCAAUUGGUGAGGAAAAGGAGAGAAAUAUCAGAAAAUCUGUUACAGGAUUCGAACCUAGAACUGUCCAAUGAUGUAGUUGACCCGGAGAAACUAACACAGGAGUCAGCCCAAAUGACUAGGAGGAAAAGAGAGGUUAGAACAGCAAAAAUUAUCUCGGCCAAAACCAAAAAAGACACCAGCCCAGACCCUCGACCGACUCCAGAAUGGGAGAAAUAUUCAUUCAAAGAUGAAGCAACUCUGGACGUUAGAGGUAGAAAUCGGCCAAACACAUUCUGGAAGUUGAUUAAACACUACGUCAGUCUUGUAAUAAAUAGGAUUAAAACAUGUCUUGGACUUGUGCCAAAAGUAAAGACGUCUGGAAACUAAAAUCUUGUCGGUGAGUUCAAUUAAUAAAUUGAAUACAAAGUUC